AGAACCCGGGCUCUGAGGAUGGCAAGUGGUAACCGUGACCUGAGCACCAGGAUAUCCACAGAAGACCAGGACAUAGAGGACAAGUGUAUUGAUAACUGUGUAUUCAAUCACUUCAAAAAACUAAAGGUGGACAUUUCAUAUGCAAUAACAAGGAUAUUUCCAUUCCUUGAACGCCUCCGUGACCAUGAAGUCAUCACAAAUAAACUCUAUGAAGAUUCUCAAGAAUCUUUCAGAAACCUGCUACAAAAAGUGGUGUACAAUGUUCUCAAUGAGCUGGAAAAGACAUUUAACCCAGAGGUCUUGAAAGAAGUAUUCAGUGAAGCCAAUAUGAUGGAAUACCCUGGUUUAAUUCCAAUUUAUGAAAGCUUCAGAAAUGUGGUCCCAGACCAAUCAUAUUUACAAGAAAGUGAUGAAGAAGCAAGAAUGGAAGGGCCCAGUAGCCAACUAAGCCUUGAACAAGGAACUGAUGAAAGCUCUAUUCCAAGCCUGACUCCAUCACACUCAGAUUCUCCCAUUUCCACUGGUUUGUUCCUAUUGACUGCUCUUUGGACCUUUGUUGCCUCAUCUUAUUCUGGAAUGUGCUAUGGGAGCUGUCUCUGUGUGUUACUGAUUUCCCAGAAUUUUCACUCUUUAAAACCUGGUUUAGGUACAAUCCCACCUGAAAAUGGGCUCUUGGAGCAGUUCUGUGAAACACAGCAGGUAAAAAGGAGAAGAAAAGGUGAAACUAGAGACAAAAAUGAUGCAUUAGGAAGCCAAGAAGCAAAUCAGCAAUGUGCCCAAAAGCCUGAGCCAGCAGAAUCCUGCGAGCCAGUAGUGAAUAAUGGAGAUGCAGAAAAUGAGACACCCAGACCAGCGCGCUGUGAUGAACAAAGAGCAGAGGUACCCAACCAAGGAAUCCCAAUUAAGCCCUGUGUUGUGAGUUUGGUAGAUAUAAAGAAGGAAAAAACAUUUUUUAACUCAGAUGUUGAGCAACAAGACCAAGCAAGAACUAACCAUAAACAAGAGUCUGACAUGAUAGACAUCAGCAGUGAGGACACCGAAGAAUCCAGUGAUGAGGACAAGCACUCAGCAAUGGAAAGUAUACCUGUGACCAGUAACUAUGACUCUUCAGAAUCAAACGAGGGAGAGGACAUCCAAGAAGCCACUUGCUCACGAUCCCAGACUGCACCAGUUUCAAGAUUUCCCAGAGAUGAAAAUAUAAAUUUUCAACUUCCUGAACUUCCUGUGACCUGUGGUGACCUGAAGGGGACUCUACAUAAGAAGAAAUUGAAACAAGGAAGCCCUCAAAAAAGUAUACAGACUGAGAAUGGAAGGUGGCUCACCCCCAGGGAAUUUGAAAUUAAAGGAGGCUACGAACAAUCCAAGAAAUGGAAGCACAGUAUACGCUGUGGUAGAUAUCGUCUGCAAGACCUGAUGGAGAAAGGAGUCCUACCAAACCCACCAAAACCAAAAAGAAAGGUGGGAGUCCGAUCAAACCGACGAAGAACAAAAAGAAAGCCAGAAAACUCCAAUAAAUGUGAGGUGUGCGGACAAUGGGGAAAGCUGUUCUGCUGUGACACCUGCCCAAGAUCCUUUCAUGAGAACUGCCACAUCCCACCUGUGGAACCUGAGAGGGAUCCGUGGAGUUGCAUCUUCUGUGAGAUGAAGGCUCUCCAAGAAAGGUGCCCAGAAAGCCCGCCACGUCAUCAGGAAUCUGAGGUCCUGAUGAGACAGAUGCUGCCUGAGGAACAGUUGAAAUGUGAGUUUAUCCUCUUGAUGGUCUACUGUGAUUCAAAAAGCCCCUUUUUUGCCUUGAAACCAUGUCAUACUAGAGACAGGUCUCAGGGUCCAGAAAAGCCCAUGUGGUUAAACAAAGUCAAGGAAAGCUUGAACAAGAAGAUGUACCCCCAAGUGAAAGAGUUUGUGGAGGACAUGCGCCUCAUCUUUCAGAACUACAAGGAAUUUUACAAGAAAAAUAAAUUCAGCAGACUUGGACUUCAGGUAGAGAACAAGUUUGAGGAGAAUUUCAAAAACACUUUCUCAAUUCAGGAAACAAGCAAGAAUAAUUCUUGAUUCAAGCCUAUUUUCACUUCCUCACUUUGGAUCUUGCAGCAGCUGGGGACAUAAUGUGUCCCACUGGUCCCUGCAUAUUCCUCUGCAAACAUCAUUAUCACUCUGCAAAUUCUCUUAUUGAAUCGUUUGGAGAGAAAGUUACAAUUGAAAAUAUGAAGUCUUUCUGUAAAGGAUGAUAUUAUAUCCUUCCAUUUAUUCAAACCUUUUAUUAGGUUCUUCGGUAAUGUUUACUCUUCCCCUUCCCACACAGGAUCUUGUUUCUGGGUUUUUUGUUUUUUGUUUUUUGCU